AUGCUACAGCUGCUAUGGCAUGACGUGGGGCAUGAGUUGGGGCAUGAGUUGGGGGAUGAUUUAGGGCAUGAUUUGGGGGAUGAUUUGGGGGAAGGUGUGUUUCUCCCAUCGACCCUCGACUCCCCCCCACCGAUUGCCAUCCGCCAGGGGCCUGUAAGGCGGCUGUUUGGGGGUGGUGAGAGCACGGCAGGGGAUGCAGGGGGCGUGGGAGGUAUAGGGGGAAUGGGAGCAGGAGGAGUGGGAGCAGGAGGAGUGGGAGCAGGAGGAGUGGGAGCAGGAGGAAUGGGAGCAGGAGGAGUGGGAGCAGGGGGCAUGGUUGGGCUGUUUGGGGAUGGAGAGGGCAUGGCAGGGGAUGCAGGGGGUGUGGGUGACUCAAGAAUGGUAAAUGGCAUGGAGAUUGGUUCUAACGAUGGUGUGGUGUACUAUAGGAGCGAGUGGGGAGGGGAGGAGGGAGGAGAUGAGGAAGGGGGGGAGGAGCAAACGGAGCAAACGCAACCGGCUGUGUAUUACGAGGGGUUGACGUCUCACGUGGUCUAUGGUGCUGCAGCAGCAGCUAAUGCUGAGGCAUUUCAAAAGCCAACUGGUGGGAUGGCUGUCAUACCCCCUCGCUUCAUCUCCCCUACUGCUCCCACCUUUGUCCCUUCCUCUGCCUCCUCUCUGCCCUCCAACCAUCCCUCACUUCCUUCGUCCCAUUCCUCCCACUACUCUCUCUCCUCCUCACACUCCACUCUCUCCUCCUCACACACCACUGUGCCAUCCGCUCCUCUCCGUUCCACCUCCCCUGCAUUUACACCCUCCAAGCUCUCUCUCCAUUCCGCUCCUUUCACUCCUUCCUCUGCCUUCAUCUCUCCACCGCCUCCCCACACACGCUCAUCUGCUCCGUUCCCCGCUGCUCCUUCUGCUACUGCUGUCACUUUUGCCAGUGCUGCUGCUGCUGCUGCUGCUGCUGCUGCUGCUGCUGCUGCUGCUGCUGCUGCCAAUGCUUCUCCCGCAGCAAACCGUGCAGUGUUUGCUUCAAGCAGUGCUCCCAACACACCUGCUGCAAAGGCAGGAGCACCGGCAGCACCAGCACCAGCAGCUGCAGCAACAGCAGCAGCGGCAACAGCAGCAGUCGCACCGGCACUUGCAGCACCAGCAGGAGCAGCAAUGGUCUCCGCCAUCUCCAAGCAGGACGGGACGAGUCCAGCUGGCACAUCGUUGAGAGCAGGGGCAGAGGAAUGGCAGGGACCACAGAGUGCAGCAGCAGAGGUUUCUGGUGGGAUGGAGGAGUGGGUGGGGCAGCAGAGUGCAGGGCUGAGAGUAUCAGGUGUGGCAGCAGGAGCAGGAAUGAGCAGCAGCAGUGGGUACGGACGUGGGGGGUAUGAAAGCGGAAUGGACAUUAUGCCAGCGGGCAUGGCAGCAGGUACGGCGGCAGGCCCGGCAGCAGGCAUGGCAGCAGGUACGGCAGCAGGUAUGGUGGCUGGCAUCGCAGCAUACGAGCCUAACGGGACAACAGGCUCGGAAGGACGCGUUACCAUCGUUCCUCCUUUCACUCACAUCCCUCCCCCCACUUUUCACCCUUCCACCACGCUUUCCCCCCGCUUCCCCACUUCCCCCUCCGCCAGGAACGCGAGCGGCAAUUACAACCUGGCGGUAGACGCGCUCCUGGUGGGAGCCACGGGCGGGCCGCCCGACUCCCUUGCGAUCGUGAAGGGCGCCGUCUGCGACUCCUCCGCCUCCGCCGCCGCGAUCCUCGCGCUUCCGCUGGCGGCGUCCGACUGGCAGCAGCGCGACGGCUGGUGGCUGCUGCACGCGGAGGCGCGGCUCGACGCGUUCCUCGAGAACGCGGACGCCGCCACCGUCGACGCGCUCCUCGCGCUCCUCCCCAACGCGACGCUGCCAGCGACGCGAGGCGGCGGCCGCGGCAAAGGCAGCGGAGGCGGAAGCGGCGCGGGGGGAGCGCGCAGCGGACAGGGCAGCAGGCGCAUGGGGAGGGAGCUGCUGAUGCGCGCAGCGGGCCGCGUCACUGGUGCGAAGCAGGGGGCGCCGCAGCCGCCUGCAGCUAGUCCCUCAGGCGCUGGGGGUGCGGGGGGGAUGAUGGGGGGUGGCGGGAUGAACGCUACUGUGAGUGGGUAUGCCGUGCUGGCCACUGCCACUGCGGGGGGUGUGGCGUGGGGCGGCCAGCUCAUGGGCGUCAAACUGCCCUCCGCCGCUGCCUGA